AUGGCAAGAGAGCCGCUAGAUGCUGCUCUUGCAGCAGAUCUGGAGCGGCUGGGACAUGAUGCGGCUGCGGUGGCUGCUGGCAAAUGGCCUACUCGAAACCUGACGGACAGGAGUCUGCAGUUUCUCAGAGGUGAGCUGCAGAUGGCUGGCCAUGCCUUGGAUCAGGGAGCAGCCGAGCGCAAACACGUGGUGGCCAUGGUGUGCGCUGCCAUGUCUGCUCGGGCCCAGGUUCGCUCCAACGAGCAUCCGAUGUGGCGAGCCUUUCUCAAGACUCUCUCGCCAGAAUACAGAAUCCCAGAACGACACAGGAUUUGGAGCCUCAUCAAAGAGCUUGAUGAGGCCAUCUCUUGCAAAUUGAGAGAGCUGCUGAGUGAUGCUUCUCAGAUGUGGUUCCUCACCAGUGACGGGGCGACCAGCAAGGGUGAGGGCUUGCUCUCGAUCGAUUGCAGAAACUCUCAUGGUGACUGUUACCAUUUAGCUUUGAUCAAUGGGGAAUGGCGAAAGCAAGAUGCUGUCUGGAUCAAGCAACAAUUGAAAGUGGCAGACCCAGCCAGGACACAGCUAGCACUUGCCGGAAAGCAUUCCGUCUCCUUGCGGAAGAGUUACGUGCCUCGGGCCACCAUCGCCUGGAUUAUGUCUCUUGCGGUGAACAUGUCGCCCAACUUCUUCAUCAAGACCUUGCACGCUGCAUACCUUGGAUUCGGCUCCUGUCAGGAGUCUCACGAACGUGCUCACAAUGCACAGAAGGUGAUUCUAAAGAGGAAGCGUGCACGGGCCUUUGUGACGGGCGCCCAGAAGCAUGCAGUAUCUGUUGGGAAGCUGCGUCGUCUCCGAAAGCUCAGAGUGAUUCGAAGAACCCGAUUCAAUUCCCGGGUGCAAGUCCUUGACUCCUUUCUGCUCAACACUCCGCUGAUGCGGAGGGUCAUUGCAGCUCCUGCCUUUGCGGCCACCAUGCAGGUUGACAACGCCAGGAAGCAGAAGAGGGUGGACGAGGCUAUGAAAGCUUGGUCUUACGAUGCCACAUACCACAGAGCACGACGUGCUCUGAUCAUUGGAGCUCCUUGCGCCGUCCCUGGCCCAGUUGACUGGAAAAUUGCAUGCGCGGAAAACGCACAGAUUUGCGCUUCUUCCCUGUGCGUUUUUGCAGAAAACGUUCUUACCCGCAGAGUUGGCGGUGCAGACUUUUUCAAAGCCCACGCUGCCUGGCUGCACGCCCGCAACGACAUCAUCAAGGCCGUCGCCGACCAUGACUUCGUGGAUCACAAACGCAAGGAGACAGAGGCAGUGCUCCAGACUCGAAGGAAUGCCAUGGCUGAGAUUUUGGACAAGCGCUCUGAGGCUUACUGCACCGCUGCCCACAAGGCUGCAUUCGUUUUGGACCCCCGGCUGCAAGACUACGUCAACGACCCCGAUGCAGAUGAAGAGCUUGGCUUCUCUUUCACGCAAGCUCGACAGGACGCCGCCUAUGUGCUCAACAGCGAGUACCUCCCAAAGUUUUUCUCCGAGCCCACACAGGUCAGGCAAGCCCAGUCGGCUGUUCGCGACUACUUGGCACACUCCGGGCCCUUCAAGAAUGUCACUUGGCCCGACAAGAGUGCUUCCGUCGCGGAUGUGGUGGGGUUUUUCGAGACCGGCCAGCCAUCCUGGUUCCUGCGUGAAUUGGGCCUGCACUUUGCAGCCCUUGCAGGCUCCCAAGGCAUGUCCGAAAGAACUUGGGCAACACUUAGUCGCCAAGCUCAGCCGAUCCGUGCCCGACUCAUCUACCCUGCCAAGAAACGGUUGUUGAACAUCGCCGCCAACUGGAAGCUUCUUUACCCGGACCUUGCUCCCAUGCCGCCAGAGAGGAAGCGUCGAAGGCAUGAUUUUGAGAUUCCGACCCUCGCAAGUCGUCGUGCCGGUCCAUCGGAGCCCGCCGCUGAAGGUCCACAACGCUGUGAUGAGUCGUCUUCCUCUACGAGCUCCUCCAGCUCGUCCUCUUCCAGCAGCAGCAAUGUGCGCGAGAUUCCCGACCAAAAUGAAGAUGAAGAUCAAGGCUUUCCAGGUGAUUCGCUUGUGGAUGAUUUGGAGGGUAGCGAUGCCCCUGAAGAGGCAGUAGCUGCCAGUGCCUUGCGUGCUUUGGGCCUGGAGCCCUGA